UCUGUUAGUACUAUCAACAGCUAUAAUGUGUCCAUGUGUUAGGGAUAACAACAGGUGGAUAUUUUGCAAAGUUGAUCAAUUUAACUUUUUGCCCUUAGUAAGAUGCUUUUGCGAUUUUUGUUCAACAAGCAAGCACAAGGAGGAGGUUAGGUGCCAGGAUUAUUGCCAGUGCGUUCGUGUAUGUGUUAAUCAUUUAUAUUUACGACAGUGUGACGGUUAUUACUGGGAGCAACAAGAGCCAAAGGUCUCAUCCAGGCAUCAGUAAAAGAGAACCUUCCCUAUGAACGUCUUCUGUCAUGGAGGGGAUCCCAGGAAGUAUUCUACUGUUGUGCCUUAUCAGCUUAACAUAUGCUAAUACCAGUCCUACAAUCCACAAGUUUACUUACAAUUUGUGUGAAGACAUCCCCAAAGAUGGCUAUGCGUUUACUAUAAAUGCAACAGACGCAGAAAAUGCUAACCUGACUUAUUCACUCACUGGGCCCAAUGCUUUUUACUUCCGUGUCGGCAAACACACUGGGAUUGUAGAACUCGAACUUCCGCUAAAUACCGAGGGUAGUCUAACUCUUGGAGUUCUUGUCUCUGAUGGUCCAAAUAAGACACCAGGAGAGUUAACUCUACUAUUGAUGGAGGCCAACAACAACAAACCCAUAUUCCAGGAGGCUUCAUAUGAUGAAGUGAUUCCAGAAAAUACCAUUGUAGGCACACCAUUGUUUAAGGUGCGGGCUGUGGAUCCAGAUACUUCAUCUGCUGGUAUUGUUUAUUACAGCAUUGAUCAAGUUACUCCAAAUGAAGGAUCAAGUGUGUUCAGCAUCGGAAACAUAAGUGGUGAAGUCAAAUUAGCAGGACCUCUGAAUUAUACUUCACUAAGCAGUUUCUAUCGUCUUAAGAUCAAAGCAACAGAUGGUGGGGGCCGGUGUUAUUAUAAUGAAACAAAAUAUUUCUCCAGUGUUGUUUAUUCCUUCAUUUCGGUUGAGGACGUCGCAGAUCUCGACCCACAGUUCAUCGGUGUUCCCUAUUUAGGGAGAGUUGAGGAGAACUAUCCGGUGGACACAUCUGUGUUUAAAGUGAUUGCUAUAGACCAAGACAUAGGAAUUAAUGAUGUUAUCAACUACAGCAUUGAAAAUUCGACAACAGCUGGCCUGUUUAAAAUCUCAAGCAACAAUGGCAUCAUAUCUGUGAUGUCACCAAUUGACAGAGAACUUGUUGGUGAUACUGUUACCCUGACUGUAAAGGCCACUGAGUCUAAACCAAACAUCCACGGGUCACAAGCCAGCACCACAGCAAAUGUACUGAUCAGCAUCAUUGACGUCAAUGACAACGGGCCUGAGUUUUAUAAGUGUGAAGGCCUCUCCUGUGUGAAAGCAAGCCACUUCACAGGAGAGGUCUUUGAACACGCACUGGGGUCCGUAUCCAUCAACAUGACGGUCAAAGACCCCGAUAAGAUGUCCCGCACUAAACUAAUCCUGGAGGGAAUUGACAAGGACGUGUUUUCUGUGGAACCUCAAUAUACGUCGUCAGAUAGUAUCGUUCAGCUGCUGGUCAAGCAGCCCAAACUGCUGGACUUUGAAGAGAUAAAGCAAAUAGUUCUGCAGGUGACUGCCAUAGAUGAAGAUAAACCCACGUUCCACUCCACUGCUACAGUUACUAUUUCCAUCAAGGACACCAAUGACAACAGCCCCAAGUUCCCACAAGACACUUAUAAGCUGAAUGUGUCUGAGCACUCUCAAAAUGGGACGAUAGUGGCCAAUAUCACUGCAGAGGAUCCUGACACAAUGGAUCAAGGCAACAUCACCUACAGACUUCUUCCAGACAGCAUACGACUGUACUUUGACGUGGAGCCACAAACGGGCACAAUUUAUGUGAAAAACGCGACUCUGUUGGAUCGCGAGGUCAGAUCUCUGUAUUCAGCGACUCUGGAGGCCAGAGACACAGACGGGAAGCCCGGCAACACAGUGCUGGAGAUCACUGUGACCGAUAUCAAUGACCAGAAGCCAGUCUUCAACAGAGACUCCUACCUGGUGUUUGUGGAGGAGGGGGGACAGCUUGAAGUUAAGAUUGAGGCGACUGAUGCCGACGACUCUGAUACAGAAAACAGCCAAAUCGUGUAUGGAAUUAUGCAGAGCAGGUACAGUGACAACUUCACCAUCAACACAAACACUGGCGUGUUGAAAAACAAUGGCGAGCUGGAUCGAGAGGUCCUGGACCCGAAGCUGAAUGGGAGGAUCGAACUCAACGUAACUGCUACUGACAAAGGAACUCCCCCGUUGUCCUCUAUGGUCCCAGUUAUUAUCAAUGUAGAGGAUAUCAAUGAUAAUGUUCCGCAAUUUGAGGCCGUCUCUUAUAAUUUCUCUGUUAAAGAAGGAGAAAGAGGUGCAUACGUGGGCUCUGUCUAUGCUGAGGAUUUGGACCAAACGACAGACUUCAAUCGCAUUUCUUUCAGCAUAAUCGAAGGAAGCUUCGGCAGCUUCAUCAUUCACACCUUCGCAGACGAGAGGGGCUACAGGGGGAACAUCACCGUGGACCCCGACAUUGAAUUGGACUAUGAGAGCGCUCGGAAGCAAUUCAGACUGAGGGUAGAGGCAAUAGAUUUUGAGCAAAAGAAAGCUGUAACGACGGUGGAGGUGUACGUGCUGGACGUGAACGACGAGAGGCCUGAGUUCACGCCCACGGUGCCUGUGACGGUGAAGGAGAACACCACUGUCAGUGGGGCUGUUGGGAGUUUCACAGGCCAGGACAAAGACGGAAAUCACUCACUGGUUUACGAACUGGAAUCCAUCAAAUGCAGAUGCAACGGCUCUCUGAUACCCUGCAGCUGGUUUAUCCUCGAUCCAACGGGGGAAGUCAGACUCAACCUGUCGUACACAGUGGACUAUGAACAGUGUGACCAGGCGGUGAUAGAGGUCCAGGUGGUGGACGAGUUCACUGAGAAGGGGGAAAACAACAGUGUUAAAACAGGACAAAUGGUGAUCAACAUUGAAGACAUCAACGACAACGCUCCUGAAUUCAUUCCCUCAAAUUCUGUAUUUGUUGUGGUGUCUGAAAGUGCAAGUAAAGGGACAUCAGUUGCAGGAGUCACUGCUAUAGAUGGUGACUCUGGAGUUAACAGGCAGAUUGACUUUAAAGUAACAGCAGUCCAGUUCGAAGACACCAACAAUCACACAAGUAACAUAAGGAUGCUGUUUGAGGCCGUCACCACACAGCAGAAGGAUAUUUAUGUUGGGAUUAUUCAAACUACUGAGGGACUAGAAAUGUCACUGAAGGGGAAAUAUUUAGUAACGGUGACUGCAACUGAUACUGGUGGCCUCUCCAGCAGCAUCAUACUGGAGAUUUUCUCAGUUGAUGAAUCGUAUAAAGUCGAACUUCAGUUUACAAGAACCGUAGAGCAAGUUGAACAGGAUCGUGAUAAAAUCAUCAGGGCGCUCACUGCUGCCACCAAUGCUGCUGUUGAAGUUGUUGCAAUCAGGCCUGACACUGGUGACACAUCCAGAGCUUCACCGAUCACUGUGAUGGUGGUGUAUUUCGUCUACUCCAACGGGACAGCUCUCACCUCUAAUGAAGUCGAGAGGAUGGUCUCUGGUCCUCAGCAUUAUCCUGUACUGGCUGACCUUGGCCUCAGAUACAUUGGGCAACCUAUUGUGAUCCAACCAGAAGUAGAUCCUGUGAAGUACAUUCUGCUGGGGAUGGUGGGAGGCCUCAUCAUCAUGCUGGCGGUCCUCACCACCUCUCUCAUGUGCACCCGCAGAAGCUACAGGAGGAAGCUAAAGGCAGCUAAAGCUAUGAAUUCUGCGUCCAUGGUGACGUCUGACAACCAAAAGGGUGGCGCUGUGGUGCCUGGAACCAACAAGUACACCAUGGAGGGAGCCAAUCCUGUUCUCAACCUGCACAUGGUCCUGGACUUGGACGAGGCGAGCUCAGAUGUGGACAAAGUCAGUCUCAAUUCCCUCGACUACACUGAUGACAUGGACCUUCCUGGAAAUCAUAUAAAAACAAACAUGCUGAUGAUCGAGGAGGAAGAGGAAGAGGAGGAGGAGGACAGCGGACCACCAGAGUACAUUGAGCCUCUGGGUGCAGCGCUGGCCCAGCGGGGACAGAAGAGAGACCAACCUCAGAUGGGUUUUAGUAACCCAGCCUUCAGCACCACAGACCUGUGAUGGAGAGAAUGAAGAGAGAGGCACCAAGCUCAGGCUUCAGAUGGACACAUGUUGCUUCUCUGACCAGAUCGACCAAAUAACUAAUCAAACAAAUAGGGCCUCGUCCUGCGCCUGGCGAAACAGAAAUUUCCUUGCUGUCGUUUUCCCAUCUUGCGCCGCGUUUAAAUAGUAAAUGCACUUGCACCAUGUACUUAGAUCUUUAAAAUAGAGCCUAUAGUUUUGCAUUAAGAGCUUGUCUUUAUAUGAUUUUGUGUUCUGACCAAUAUUAAGUAAAUAUAAUAUUAUUUAGAUUCUACGUUGAAUUUUGCAUCUGAAGUGAGUUUGCUUUGACUAAACAUUAAAUUUAAGAAAAAAUGUAACCAUGUGACCAUUACACACUAUGGAAACAAUACAAUGGACACCAUUUUACUAUCAUAUACUACACUAUCUUUUUUCCUAAACAAUAUAGAGUAAUACAACUUUCAUAUCAGUCCGUUUUAGCUUAAAUUAAAAAACUUAAAGCAGAGAAGAGAAAGAAAACCAAAUCAGCCUUCCAGAAUCUCAAAUACAACAACAACAACAACAACAAUGAUAAUAAUAAACAAAUGAAGAUGAUUGUGUAAUUCACACAAAUGUUUCUUGAACAUUAGACAGCUUUGUCCAGUCUUUAUUCUAAGCUAAGCACAACUAAGUGUAGCUUCAUAUCUAAUGAUCAGAGCUGAGAGUUGUAUUCAUCUUCUCAGCAACUCUCAGCAACGAUACAAAGCGACUUUCCAAAAUGUCAAACUCUUCCUUUAAAACUCUCUUUACAAUAGUAGCCAGACCAGGAGAGGGGAGACAAACUGUCUCCGCCGAUGAUUCCGUUUGAUCCGCCCUUCAUAAAUACAAAGAACACCUAUGAGAGCAACAAUUUUUUGUGAUAAAAGAAAAUAUCAGCUUCGAUGUUAUAUCCUGGAUGUUAUACAUGUGUCAAUAAUUGAAAUAGACCUUGACAGGAAAAAAGUUUCCUCACUCCUGAUCUAGACAGAGAGAAUCCAGAC